AUGUUCAAGAAGCGCACUGUCAAGACUAAGCCAAGGAAGAAGGAGGCAUCGCAGGAGCCAGAGGUUCUCGGGGACUCUCGGGAUGCUAGCCAAUAUGACAACGAAGAGGAGAAAGUAGACUUACAGGACCUUCUAGCGAUACGUAGACUCCAGAGGCCGAAGCAGGGUAUUGAUUAUACGAAGCUCAACCAAGGUGCUCCACAAAAGAGGCGCAAGCCGAAAGAAGAGCCGACGUACGGUCUUCAGCCGCGGAAAGGCGAUACACAUCAAGAUGAUGAUGAUGAUCCAGAUGACGAAGAAUCGAAGGCUCGCAAGAUAGUACGCUCGAACAAUUUCACCCAGCAAACCAACGCACUUGAUGUGGAUAAGCACAUGAUGGCUUACAUUGAAGAGAACAUGAAGAAGCGAGGGGCUGGUAGGGAUCUUGAUGACGAACUUGAAGAUGAAAAACCCCACGAUCCUCAAGAGGCGCUCUUUAAAUUUGAUGAAAAAUACCGGGCAAAGCCUAAAACACUUGAGGAGGAAGGGAACGUCACGAACAGUUUAGCAAUGUUGACUGCCAUUCCCGAAGUGGAUCUUGGGAUGGAUGUUCGUCUCAGGAACAUAGAGGAAACGGAGAAAGCGAAAAGACAUGUUGCAGAGCAACGUCGAGCGCGCUUUCAUCAAGGUCAACACAAUGAGCCAGAUCUUGGAUCUACACGAUUCUUUCGACCAAAUCAGCACCCACAGGAGUCUGAUGCAGAAGCUCUACGACGAGCGAGAUUGGAAGCUCAGGGAAUUCACGUGGAGCCAGAGACCAAACGUCCAAAGAAUGACCGACGGGAUGUGGCCACAGAUGAACAGGCUAUGGAACGUUUCAAAAAGCGAAUGAGGAGAUAG